UCGUUCUGUAGAUAAUGCGAUCGUCCUCAGAGUCAACAUCGUCACUUUGAACAAUGUCAUAUCCAAAUCCUAGACAUAUCCCGCAACCACCACAUACUGCUGGAAAGGGUUUUUCAGGUUUACGGCCUCGUAUCGAUCCUAGUCAAAUACCAUCCGCUGUCGAGUCAAUAGAAGCCGACAGAGAUCAAUGGGAGAACCAAUUGUUUCCAACCCUUCCCGGAAAACAACCACCACUAUCGACUACAAAUUUCGUAGCCAUAGAUCAGGGAAACUCUUCACCAAAAUUUAUUCGAGUCACUACACAUGCUUUUCCUGCUACCUCGAGGUUAGCGUCGGAUUGCAGUAUCCCACUUGCUGCUGUGAUCCAGCCGUUCGUGGAUCUUGACGCAAGGGAGGAGGCCGUUCCGUUAGUGGAAACUGGAACAGGUGGCCCAGCAAGAUGCGAAGGAUGUCGAGCGUAUGUGAAUCCUUGGUGUGCUUGGGUGGCUGGAGGCAAUAGCUGGAAGUGUAAUCUGUGUUCACAUGAGACACCAGUAUCCCCAGAAUAUUUUUCUCACCUCGAUGGCAACGGAACGCGCGUUGAUUUAUUGCAGCGGCCCGAACUUUGUAAAGGAACCGUGGAUUUUGGUGUCUCAGAGUCGAAAGAAUAUUGGGCUUCACAACCUAUGCCGUCACUUACGCCGCUAUACUUCUCUCCUCAUCCUACUGCCCCUGGAUCGAGGAAACCUUCAAGUAUGGAUAUUGUCUUCGCAUUCGACGUCUCGGAGGAAGCGAGUCGGUCGGGUUACUUGGCGUCUGUGUGUCAAGCUCUGCAACUAGCAUUAUACGAAGGAGAUGGUUCAACAAUGCCGUGUUUUCCCGCUGGAUGCCGGAUAGCAAUCAUGACAUUUGAUACUGCAAUACAUUUCUACGAUCUCAAGGCAAAUGAAGUACCGAUGAUAGUCAUGUCGGACUUGGAAGAGGUUUUCCUUCCCAUUCAUGAACACGGCGGAAUGUUUGUUGAUCCGUGGGAGGCACGAAAUUCAAUUACGAGCCUUUUGGAAGCGCUUCCUACACGGUUUUUAGAUUAUCAUAUGACAGCUUCUGCGAUGGGAUCCGCUUUGAGAGCUGGACUGGCGGCCUUGGCUGGGAGAGGUGGACAUGUUGUCGUGUUUCAAUCCACUUUGCCGACCGUAGGGGCAGGCGCAUUGAAGGGACAACCUAAUGAAACGGAGUACUACGAUACGGAGAAGGAGAAAUUGUUGUAUACCCCGAGAGACGAGGCAUGGAAAGAUCUUGCUGAGGAAUGUGCAAGUGAAGGGAUUGGGGUGUCCAUGUUCCUCGGGAUGAGCCGAUAUAUCGAUACCUGUACACUGGGCGUUGUCUCGUCAAUCACAGGAGGAGAGAUGUUUUUUCUUCCCAAGUUUGAUCCAAUAAGAGACGGAAUCGUGCUCAAUUCACAGUUGCAGAGAUUACUUAGACGAACGACAGGGUUUAAUUGUACAGCACUGGUACGGUGUUCCAAAGGCCUCCAGGUCUCUGAAUAUCUCGGGAAUUUCAAUGAAACUGUCCGAGGUCUUGAAUUUGGGAUCUUGGACGCGGACAAGGCUUUUGUUGCUGCGCUGCGCCACGCAGGAAGGCUCGAUUCCCGGGAAUACGCUUACAUUCAAUGUGCGGUUCUGUAUACGAGUGUACAAGGACAGCGGAGGGUGAGGGUGUGUAAUCUUGCUAUACAGGUUGUGGACCUUGUCGGGAAUGUGUUUCAAUACGCGGAUAUUGAUGCUACUGUUACGUACUCUGCCCGGAAAGCAAUCUCGAAUAUGGCAUCACAGAAGAUGUCUCUCAUCAGAGAUGAGCUCAGUGAAAACUGUGCUGCGAUAUUGUACGGAUAUCGGAAAAAUUGUGCUGCUGCUACUCGUCCUACACAGUUGAUCAUUCCGGAAAGUUUCAAGGCAUUACCAGUCUAUACCCUCGCGCUUCUCAAGUCGAAACCUCUCAAAGCGCGUGCGAUGGCAUCUGAUGUGAAGAACUAUCACGCCCACCGAUUCAUGUCUAUGAGCGCAAGGAGUACAAUAGAACAUCUUUAUCCUUCACUUCUUGCAGUUCACGAUUUGGACGAGAAGAUCGCCCUUCCUGAUCCUGUUGGUGGAGAAUUAGCAUUACCUACGGUUAUGCGGACGACUCAUACGCUUAUGACGUCGCAUGGGGUUUAUCUGGCUGAUAACGGAGAAAUGUCGAUUUUAUGGGUUGGAAACAGUGUCUCGCCGCAGAUCCUACUAGACCUGUUCGGUAAAGAUGACGUGUUUGCGUUAGAUCCUCAACUGGACAUGCUUCCCACUCUAGAAACGCGACUUUCAACCCAAGUACGGAAUAUAUUGACCCACCGUUGCGUACGGAGAGGGGGACGGCAGACAAAAUUCUUCAUCUGUCGGCAGAAUUUGGAUGCUGCCGAGAUCGAGUUUAGUGAUAUGCUCGUUGAGGACGAGAAUAACGGGACGAUGUCGUAUCUGGAUUAUCUCACUGUGACCCAUAAGCAGAUUGCGCAUGUACUCACGGAAGGCGGUUCGUUGAGCCCCAUUGGGAACCCUAUGCGUUCACCGUGGUAG